AUGGCGAAAACGCGGAGGAAAAAAAAACGCACGCACGCGGUGAGCGAAGAGAACACAAACGGUGCGAAGAAAAAUGUCAAAUCGUCCUCAACGAACGUCCCGAAAACGUUCGUGGUGAAACGAGGGAAACUCUCGCACUUGGUGAAGAGUUUAACCGAGGACGUGAGGAAAAUCAUGGAACCGAACACCGCCUCGAAGCUGAAAGACUCGAAAUCGAAUAAACUGAAAGAUUUCAUCAACGUCGCCGGGCCUUUAGGCGUGUCGCAUUUCUUGUUGUUCUCAGCCACGGAAAACGCGAAAUACUUGAAAAUAUGCAAAACGCCGCGAGGACCGACGUUGACGUUUCGAAUCGAUAAGUAUUCUUUAGAGAGGGACGUGAAGAAAGCGCAGAAGAAUCCAAAAUCGAGAGGGAAAUCGUUUUUGAAUCCAGCGCUGGUGGUUUUGAAUAAUUUUAGCACCGCCGGUCAAGAGAGCGAAAAGAAGCUGUGCGCGUUGACGUUUCAGAAUAUUUUCCCGGCGGUGAACGUUAAAAAAGCAAAGUUAAGUUCGUGUAAACGAGUCGUUCUGGUAGAUCACGAUAAGGAGACGAAUUUGUAUAGAUUGAGGCAUUUCCACGUGGACGCAAAGCCGGCGAAAGGCGAUCGGAAGUUGCGGAAAAUGUUAAAAUCGAGAGAGGUGCCCGAUAUGGGGCGAAUGGCGGAUAUUAGCGAGUUUUUUACCGGCGCGGCGAGUUCACCGGGGUCAGACUCGGACGUUUCCGACAGCGAAGACGACCCAAAAACGAAAGUCCAGUUAGCGCAAGACUUGGAUCGAGUGAACAAAGCGAAAUCGACCGCGAAAAUUCUUUUAAAAGAACUCGGCCCGAGACUGGACCUCGAGUUGGUCAAAGUCGAAGAAGGCGCGUGCGAAGGUCGAGUUUUAUUCCAUCAAUACGUGGAAAAAACCGUCGAGGAAGUGAAAACGCAAGACGAAUUGCGCGCGCAAAAAGAGCAGUUGAAAACCAAGCGACGCAAAGAACAAGAGGAGAACGUGAAAAGGAAAGAGAGAGAAAAAGAGAGGAAAGAGAGAGAAAAACCGAAGAAGAGACCGAGGUUGAGAGAGAAAAACGACGACGAAAAAAACGACGACGACGACUGGCCGGAAGAGCCCGCGAAGGAGUACAAAGAAGGCGACGUGUACGAAGGAGAUAACAAGAACAAGUCCAAGAAAAAAGGCGGGUUUGGAUCCUCUAAUAAACGAUAA